GUAGGUUGGUAGUCAGGGAUCCCCUCGAGCCCCCCCUUCACCACGGCCUAUAAGUGGCAUUCGAAGGCUUUCGAGAAUCUGUUCCAAAUGCCUUCCAUAUUAGUACAAGCCUGCGAAUCCCAAAUACCAAGACCCCCGGCCAUCGCCACCGCGCAGCUACAGGCAGAGAGACAAGACACCCGGCCGGAUCAGGCAGCACCGCAGCAUGGGAGCCGAGAAGAAGCCGAACCCCAGGGACCGGGACCAGACGGCCAAGGGGGCACCAGAGACGCAGCAGACCCCCCAGGAGAACAAGGCCGAAGCCAAAAAGAAGAAAAAAAAGGAUGAAAAGCCGGGGCGGACGAACGACUUGCAGACGUGCUGCGGCUGCCGCUUCCCGUUCCUGGUGGCCUUACUCCAGCUGAGCCUCGGCGUGUCAGUCACCGUGGUGGCGAUCAUUAUGGCGGCGCACUGCCCCUCACUGUUAGUCAGAGACACCCCGCUCUGGGCCGGCAUCAUUGUCAGUGUGGUGGCCAUCUUGGGCUUGAUCUUGCUCUGCCUCCCCUAUCAGCCCGAUGAGAAGACGUCUGGACAAUUUGCCUUGAAGCUACUCUAUUUCCUGCUCAGCGCCCUCAGCGCAAUCAUCUGCGUCUUGGCCGUGGCCUUCGCGGCUCACCAUUACAACCAGAUCACCAAGUACACCUGCAAGAUGGGGGAGGACUCGUGUCACUGCACCUUGGACCCGACGGACCCGCUGAGCCGAACCUUCCUCUACCAGAAAGUGGCCGACUGCGACACGGUCACCACCACCAUCAAGCUCUUCGUGCUCCUGCAGAUGGCUCUGAACCUGCUGCUCGCCCUGGCCUGCCUGGCGGCCUGCUUCAUCAUGUGGAAGCACCGCUAUCAGGUCUUCUAUGCGGGCCUGUGGCGCCAAGGGUCAGCGGCCAAAGACACGCCCCAACAGAAAGUAUAGUGGUCACAAUGAUGAUGGAACUUACCAUAGUGCUGACUAUAUUCCAAUACACCAAGGCGCCCCCCACUUACUCUGCUUUUCUGGACCCCUUCAGAGGUCUAACAUGCCUCCAAAACCCGUCUGUACCCUGCCUUUCCAGCCCGUGGAUUUUCACCGGGGCCUUACUUGACUAUAUUGGUCUAUCCAGCAUACUGAGACCAUGAAUGUAGCCAGGAUUUCCUAUGACAAAAACUUUAUUUUUGUGAACUUACCCUUUAAAAAAUGGGGGUGGGGGGGAUUAAAAAAAAUGUAUCCAUCCUCCCAUUUCUUCAGAAUAUGUGGUCCUGAAGAAAUAGGGAGAAAUGAUUUGCAAUUGGGAACCCUGUGUGACACCUGGGGGAGCUAUGAUGGCAAAGAUGUUGGUUGUCAUCCAGCUUUCCCAGCUAUGAGAUGUACGGAGGCGUCUGGUCCUUUAAAGGGGUACUCCGCCAAAAAACAUGGUUAUCCCCUAUCUGACAAAUAGGGGAUAUGAUGUCUGAUGGCGGGGGGACCCUGCAAUCUCCGGCGCCGCACGCUGGUCAUCCGUGCAAUGAGCGGACUCCGCUCCGUGCCAGAUGACUGGUGACUGCAACCGCCACGCCUCCUCCAUUCAUGUCUAUGGGAGGAGGCGUGACAGCUACGUUGUAGCUGUCACGCCUCCUCCCAUAGACAUGAAUGGAGGGGGCGUGUUGUGAUGUCUCAAACACGGAAGCUCCAAGAUUCCGUGUUUCAGACGCCACUGCUGCCAGCCCAGAGAUAAUGGGGGUCCCCAGUGGCGCGAUCAGACAUCUUAUCCCCUACCCUUUGGAUAGGGGAUAAGAUGUUUUUCAGUGGAGUACCCCUUUAAGAUAUUGUGAGUUACUUAGGGGUUUCACAUGAGGUACCUCCUUUAUCAGUUAAAGUACAAAAAAAUUGCCCCUCUCUCUUUCUGGAGGACCAGACAUGUAUAGACAUUAAACAAACAACCCAUUGGUUUUAAUGGCCAAGGUGUAAUGCCUCAUUCGGCCUGCGGGGUUGCUGAAGAGAAAUUGAACACUUACCACCAAGUCGAUCCCCAGAUCAAGGCUGUUUUUUGGUAAUUGUUAGAAGUAUACGGCCUCUUUUAAUAAGGACAUUUAGUGUUAUUUUAAACAAUAUUUGAGGGCAUGGUCUGGUACCAAAGGGCUAAGAAGGAUUUUACUGGAAAUUUACGUCACGUCUUGUUCUCUAUUCACAGACAAAGCUGCAUUCAAAGUUCUACAGUUUUCGGCUCACAGGUCUCUGUUGGCCCUUGCUGGUCCAAGUGUUCCUACAGGUUAUGUUCUGCUGUGGUGCAUUGUGGGAGAUGUAGUGUUUCCAUCAUACUCUCUACAAAAGCCUAGUGAAAAUACUUCUCCCACAAUGCAAUGCAGGAGGUGUGCCAACAGGAUUGUGAAUGCAGCUUUGGAAGUGACUAGAGGAUGACAGCUCACAGCAGCACAGAGGAAUGCUGUAAGGCUGGUACCGAUAUGAGAAGACGGUGUGUGGUCUGUUACUGUCAAGACAGCGCGGUAUGUAAACCAAGUAUAAGGUGCUUUAUAAAUGUAUCACUGACUGUAUCGCUGACUACUGUAUCUAAGAAGAGUGCGAGAAACUUUAUUCUACUACGUUUAUUACCUGUGAGACAAACAAAUAACAAAGUCUAUAUUAUAUACAACAUACAGUACUGUCUU